AUGGUUGACACCAUCGACGAGACUCAAACAACAAUUGAAAUUCUGUCGGAUUUGUUGAUUGGACAGGGUCCUGAUCCUCUUCUUGAGUUGGUCAAUUUUUCUUAUCCGGACUUAGUGGCGAACUUGGAAAAUGAUUCGUACUUUCAGGAAAGAGUGAUUCUCGCUCCUACACUCGAGAGCGUCGAGCACGUCAACAACUACACGCUGUCAAAGCUUCCUGGUGUCGAGAGAGAGUACUUGAGCUACGAUACCCCGUGUAGAUCGGAUGAGGAUUCUGAGGUUCACGCGGAGUGGUUCACCUAUGAGUUUUUAAACGACGUUCAGUGCUCGGGAAUUCCAAACCACAGACUGAUAUUAAAAGUUGGAGUUCUGAUCAUGCUUCUACGAAACAUAGACCAAGCAGCCGGUCUGUGUAAUGGGACCCUGUUUAGAGUCACUCAUCUUACUCAGUAUAUAAUUGUUGCGACUGUUUUAUCAGGAAUCAGGCUGGGUAAAAAUGAGUACAUUCCGAGGAUAACCUUAACGCCUUCUGACUCUGGUCUUCCCUUCAAGUUCUCUCGAAGGCAGUUCCCGGUGACUUUAUGCUUUGCGAUGACUAUAAACAAGAGUCAGGGCCAGUCCCUUUCUCAUGUCGGUUUCUACCUUCCGAGGCCUGUGUUUACUCAUGGACAACUGUAUGUCGCUCUCUCAAGGGUGAAAUCUAGAAAAUGCCUGAAGGUACUCAUUGUGGAUGAGCAAGGGGUAGUUUCGAGCUCCACGCGCAAUGUUGUCUACAAAGAAGUUUUUGAGAACGUGUGA